CUCAGGGCUGACAGACUCGUAGGCUACACGUGAUGGUCUGUGCGCGUCACCGAACCACUGUCGCUCGCCUGGAGACUCGAGCAGGGUUGAUUGACACUGUGCAGCAGGCUACUGUAAACAAAGAAUAAAAACCCAACAAACUAGCACGGAACAAAUAAUAAAGCCGGGCUGCAUCGGGUUAACUGCUAGUAGUUUCUCUCAUUCAUUCGUCGGGUUGUCAGUUAGGGUGUUUUUCAAGCCUCUUUUUUUCCAGAUUUGAGCGUGCCAAGAAGAGGGGAAGCAAAAACAUGGCUGGUAAAAUGGCUGGUUUAAUGGCAGGUUUUGGUCAUUACACCCACGCCGUCGUCCGGGGAGUCCCCGCGUCCCUGGCCAAAGAAGCGCUCCGGAGCAGCCAGGCGGAGGUGGACCUGGCCGGGGCGCGGAGCGAGCACGAGGCGUACGUCCAGGUCCUGGGGACGAGGCUCGGGCUGGAGGUGGUGGUGCUCCCCGCGGACGAGUCGCUCCCGGACUGCGUGUUCGUGGAGGACGCGGCCGUGGUGUGCGGUGACACGGCGCUCAUCACCAGACCCGGGGCAGAAAGCAGGAGGAGAGAGACGGAGGCAAUGAAAGCAGCUCUGAAGGAAUUGAAUCUGAACAUUGUGGAAAUGACUGAUGAGAACGCCACACUGGAUGGAGGAGAUGUGCUUUUCACAGGUCAAGAGUUCUUUGUGGGCCUUUCUAAGCGGACCAAUCAGAAAGGAGCAGAGAUCCUAGCAGAUUGCUUUAAGGACUAUGCUGUGUCGACCGUGCCUGUGCUGGAAGGGCUUCACCUGAAAAGCUUCUGCAGCAUGGGAGGACCAGGCCUUAUCCUCAUUGGCUCCAGUGAACAUGCACAGAAGACCCUCAAAAUCAUGCAGCAAAUGAGUGACCAUCGCUACGACAAACUGACGUUGCCUGAUGACCUCGCUGCCAACUGCCUCUACAUGAACCUACCCAAUAAGGGACAUGUGCUGCUUCACCCCACUGCAGAGGAGUUUCCAGAGAGUGUCACGGUGUUCGAGAAAUUGAAGGACCACAUGCUGAUCCCGGUGUCCAACAUGGAGAAGGCCAAGCUGGACGGAGCCCUCACAUGCUGCUCGGUGCUCAUCACCAAGAGGGCCGACAUCUGAGCCGCUCAGCAGGGGGUCUCUGAGUGCAUGGUACCCAAGUGGAGCCUGUAUCACAUCACUAAGGAUCCCAAGGUUUAGCUAAUCUAUUUUGGUACUCAGAGGAAGGAUAGGCAAAAAAAACUAACAUUUAAUUUAACAAAAUUGUGAAUAGAUCAGUUUACUUGAAAGAAAAUGUGGUUAAUGUUGUCUCUUAAAGAAAUAGUAUAUUACAUUAGAAUCAUUAUUAUUAAAAUCUAGAUUUUUUUAGUUUUACAUUUUUCUAAUUAAAGCUAAAUGCAAUCCAAGAAAACUAAUUGGGAGGUUUGAUAAUGGGUAAUAGAUUUUCCCCAUGUUAAGCUAUAUAUGUUUUUUGAUCGUGUUUACUCCAAAAAGUCUACAAAUUAUAAACAUUUGGUUCAGGAUGACCCAGUAACUGAGUGGUCAUGGCACAUUCCACAUUGGCACUAUUGUCCUAAACAGUAAGCGUCUCAUCUGUCUCUCCACUAUCACUAUGAUAAAAGGAUACAUGCACAAAAAUAAUAAUAUAAUCUUUAUGAGAUACUAAAUGAUCAGAUCCCAGAUCCGAGGGGUAGACCAUGAGCCACAUUAAGCCCCUCUGAAACCUGCAAACCAAUACUUGUUUACACAGUUUAAUUUUGAACACCUUAAGAGAUCUACAGUAUAUAGCAAUGGACCAAUAAAACCUGAUGGAUCAGUUUGAUAAAAUGUUUUAGUUGCCACAUUGAGUACUUUUAGUUGAGUUGCAAUGCAGGCCUUUGACUAACAACUGACAGAUACACUUCCUGUUGAACAUACUUCAUUGGGGGUUUGCAUCUUUGUCACCUUUUUCAUGCCUUUCCACCAGCUAGUGACCAGUAGCCUGUUAAUGUAUUCUAUAAGGACCACCUGUACCAUUUUGAGAGCGUUUUGGCAUCCCUCCUAAUGAGCCUUUGUUUAGAUUCUGUGCCAACCCUACGGACGAGAGAGAGAAGUGGGAAAUGAAUGUCUUCAUUAUAAAACCCUAGCUUUCAUUUAUUCCAACACAGCACCCCUGCUUCUCUAAAUGUACAUGUAAAGUCUGUAUGAAACACACAAUGUCUCUCCUGCUGAAUGAUUGUGAAGGCACUGUAGUUUUCUCACUCCAUUAGUUCUGCCUGUUAUUGAUUACACUGAUUAUUUUUGUUCCCUGUCUGGCAGUUUGUACUCAAACUGAAUGGGAGCAUGCUGUGAGACUAAUGUCUAUUACACUAAAUCCAAUAGCACCAAAUGUGACUGCAGUGUGAGAGUUUUGCACUUGGCAUGCAGAACAAGCUAACAGCUUGGUGUGUUUCCAUAUGUCUCCACAAUGGUAGGUGCAAACAUGAGUCUUAAGGAUGUUAAUGAGUUCUGUUUUGGUGGCCUUAUCACUGUUGUUGCUGAAUCCCCAUUUGAAGCCUGUAGAUUUGACAUCUUGAAUACUGUACUAUAUACUGUACUAUGUAAAACCAUGUUUUUUCUCAAUGUGAUUGUAAGUGAAUGUUGAGGAAAUGACAUCAGGAGGUGAUUCAACCUCCCUCUGUAGACGUUGGCGUUUGGGCAAGUGGGCAGUGAUGAAACGUGGAAAGAAUUCCUGUUGGGAGGAGAGGCUUGUUCACCAGUAAACACUGACUCUUAAACUUUUCUGUCUUUCGUCCUAACUCUAAACAAUCGCUCUCUCCGCUCCUCUGCUAUUGCCUCAUAGACAAUCCGAGCUAAUUUAUGGCCAUGAUAUCAUACAGUUUGGCGAACGCUGUAGAUGUGAUGGCCUGCUGUUAAAGUGUGACACUAGUAGUAUAUUUUACAGCUGGCUGGAUGCGAGGUGAUAUAAUAGUUGCAGAGCAUCCAGUUGUGAUUCUCACGCAGUUACUCCAUAAGGCCAGACAAGAUCUGCACAUGGAGUCCUAUAUACAGUACAUUGUACUUAAUGCAAUGAUGGCUACAUGUGUUGUCCCUGUCAAAUUUAACAAAUACAUCAUUAGGCUUCCUGAUUAGUCAACCAUUGGAUUUUAUCUCACAUUGCUCCAAUCACUCGUUGGUUGUGCAGCUCUGUGGCAGAAUGUGAUGUUCCUAUCGGCGCUGAUUCAGAACAUUUAAUACAUGUUUGGUUCUUGGCUGGCAGGUCUGUGAGUAACUGUGGCUGAAAAUGUGUGCUGACUUUGUUGAAGGUUUAUUUAACCUCUUACUAAUCCCGUCACUCACUAUAGUAGUCAUGUUGUUGUGGUUGCUCUUAUUCCAACUGAGGGCUCUUGGAUUUCAUACAAGUUGUGAGUAAAAAAUGUUGAAUCAUCGUAAAAUUAGCUUUUCGUCUACUUCAUGUAAUAAAUAAUCUAGCAUUCA